UUCAAUGUCCUAUAUGCAGUUGUAAGCGUGUAUUUAGUAGGCAGUUAGGUUAGUGAAUUUGAACUGUAUCAUAGAAUGUGGACUGUUGCAGCUGAAGCCGUAUGUCAUGAGUCACGGCCGGGGAACAGCGGUAAACCUGACCGGCUACCUCGGUGACCUGUGGUCCAUCUUCGAGAAGACGCUCAACUUCAGGAGCGUGUACAUGCGGGCCAGCGGCAACACGGCGCGCUUCAUGCUGCACUCCGAGGUGGCCGACGUGUACCUGUCCGCGACCGUGGUCACCACGGAGGAGGACGACCAGUUCUACCACACCCAGCCCGUCGUCACCCAUUGGUACCACCUGUUCGUGCGCAAGGGCGCGCCCCAGGUGUCGGCCGACUCGUACAUCCGCGCCCUGAGCCCCUCCAUGUGGGCCAUGACGCUGGCCGCGGUGCUGCUGCUGUGCGUGGUGCUCAGGGCCAUGGUGUGGCUCAGGACGGCCGUGGGCAUGGGGUCCGGCAUGGAGCCGGCCAACACCUCGCUGGGCCACUGCUUCCUGGCCGUGCUGGGCUGCAUCUGCACCCAGGGUUGGCAGGAGAGCCCGAGCUGCCUGUCCAUCCGGCUGAUCGUGGUCACCACGCUGCUCUUCGGCUACCUGCUGUGCAACUCGUACUCCGCCGUGCUCAUCAGCUACCUGGCCUCGGGCCACUCCACGGCGCCCUUCAGCGGGCUGGACGACGUGGCCAAGAAGGGCACCCACGUGCUCUGCGUGCGCAACGAGAGCUACGCCUACCUCACGCUCAAGCGCAGCGGCAAGUGGGCGUCCGUGCUCAACAAGGGCGUGUGCCGCGACGCGUCGCAGUCGGAGCGGGUGGCCGACGCGCUGUGCGACACGCCGGCGGUGGCGCUGGAGAUCCCCAGCGUGAUGGCGGCGUCGCUGGAGGCGAGGCCGGACUGCCGCGGCAGGGUGCAGCGGGUGCGCGAGCGCAUGCAGCGCGGCACCGCCUCCGUCCUGCUGAGGCCAGGCUUCCCCUACACGCGCGCCCUCGACUACAUGAUCACCCGCUGCCGCGCUACCGGUGUGUUGGACAGGCUGGAGAAGACGUACCUGGACGGGCUCACAAUCCGGAGCAGCUCGGGCCAGGACUUCGACGACACCUCAGUGACGGCCAUCGUACAGGUCUCGCUGGAGCACGUGCGCUGGGUGCUGGCCACGUACGCGUGCUUCCUGUGCGUGCCGCUGCUGCUGCUGGCGGCCGAGUGCGUGGUGCACUGGAGGGCCAGGGCCAGGGCGGCGCGCGCGAGGAGGGGGCGGCGUCGCGCAGCAGUCGCCGCCAAGGCUGUGGCCGCCGGGAGGGUGGCGGCGAGGUGGUACCACGACUGACGAGACUCCCACAUUUUGCCGCACGUCAACUACACUCGAUAAAUGUCUGCACAAUAAAUCGCCUCCUCCUGACUCGCCAGGGCGCUAG